AGCACAAUCUUGUUUAAAAUAUUUUGAUGUACAAAUAAUAAUAAAUACAAAACAGUUAAAUGCGAUGGAGCGUCAUUUAUCUGAGUAUUUUCUAAACUAUCAAAAGCAGGAACUUGCUGCUUUAAUGGACACGUUUGAGGAUGGCGAUAAAAUCGGCAAAAGAAUAGCGAAGCGCGCUUGCAAAGCGUUUGAGGUAACUGAAAAGGACAUGAGACGCAUUUACACACCAGAUGAAGUGCGACAGCUUUGCACGCGCACCAAGCUGCGUGUGGAUAUGACUCAAUAUAACUGUGUUUGGGAUGCAAAGCGACGCCUUAUGAAAAAGGGUCGUCUGGAAAACAAGUCGGAGCGUUUUAUUAAUGCCAUGCUGGUUAAAGCCAUCACCAGGAAAAUGUGUAUUCCUUACACGGAUGAGCAAAUUGCUAAGUAUAAUGAAAUUAAACGAUGCGAGCUGAAAAAGGCAAACAACUUUAGGUUGGAUCAAUGGAAGCGCCGCAGUGAUAAAGAAAAUAAAAAUACGGCAAACCAAUCUGUGCCUGAUAAUAUAAAUCUAAGCUCGAUCAAUGAUAUUACUGACGACCUAUCGUCAUCUGAUGAAGAUGUUGGUUUACUGGGCAGUGAUAUUAACACCGAACCGUUGACAUCUGAUGAUGAUUCGGCGUUCAUGGCUAAUGAUAUUAACACUGAGCCAUGUACCCAGGCACCACCAAUGCAAAGUCAGCCUGUGCUACUGGCUAGCGCAGAUUCUAUACUGCCUACUCAAGCUGAUGAGGAUUGGGCUGCAAUGGCAAAUGAUGUAAACACCGAACCAGUAACACAACCGCCACAACAACUGGAGAGUCAGCCUAAGUUGCUUGCUAACAAUGCUUCAAAUAACAAUAAUUUGGUGAAGAACCUCAACAAUGUAGAAAAUGAUAUCCCGGUUAGCUUACUGGAUUCCAAUAGCGAUUCCCUAAGCUGGGUUGAGCGAGCUCAUGAAGUAAACACAGAGUCCAUGAUAAACUCUAUUAAUACUGAAAGCCAACCCUUCACACAGAGCCAGCCAUUAACACAGAGCCAGCAAAUGAGGAGUGAACAGUUAUUGUGUUCCACUGAAGACUACGCUUUAUUUAAUACUCAAGUUCCUGCUACAUCAACACAAUCGCAGGAAUUACCAUAAGCAAAGCUCUUUUGUAAAAUUUUGUAUACUGAAAAUUUAAUUUAAUUUCUCAUGGAUUUUUGAAAAAUUCCCAAUAUUAUGUACUUCAAUACAUUUA